ACAAUAUGACCACAGUAAAUGUGCUCAGCUGACCUACGUUGACCUGCUCGGCGGGACAAUGCUUUACCAGGAAAUUUGGUACGGUGAUUUCCCACUUCCUAUUUCAGUUCCUUACCAGGUCAUCCUGCCUAGUCAAUAUACAAAGAUAUUUGGUAUAGAUCGUGAAAUGUCCUUAAAAUCGGUACCAAAAAGAAUAACGUAGGAAAAGAGUUCAUCUUGGAAAUUCGGCUGUUCUUCCAAAUUUAAUAUGAUGAUGCUGCGCCAUACGCGAACAGAAAUCAAAUCUUGACAAUUACAAGGCGUUUUCAUCGGGAUUUGAAGGGAGCCACACCGUCGUGUUGAAGUACGUGAACAUGUAGCUUCUCAGUACUGCAGUAUUUUGUAAAGAUGACUGUUUGAGGGAACACCGGAGGACAGCCGGUGGAGUCUGCGCGAUCCGAAUGAGCGGGAAAUACAAACUGCUUGACAGCUCAGUGUAACACGUGGAUUUGUCUACAACAGGCGGCUGAGAGUGAUGGAGGCAGACGAUCGGACACUCCACUAUGCAGUGCCCCUACAACCCUGACCUUGGUACAAGGUACUGUAGUUUGGUGGAGACGUACUUCAAUACAGACCGAAGGAGUGAGGAUUCCUGCCAAGCCUUUGGAGUUCCCAACCCCAAUACGGUAGGGGUUGCAGUCAGCAGAAAGGAUGUUGAGAACACUUCUACAAUGGGCCACUGUGAGCUGUCUCCCUAACUCAUUCAUCCCAAAUCAUGUCAUCAAAAGGCAUCAAGGAAGGGCUGUUUCACUCCAGCAAAACGGAUCCCUCCAGGAAGUCAGAAGCAAGGUGUGAGGAGAGAGAUGAGGGCGUCCUCGUCCCAGAGCUCUGUGAUGUAUAACGGAUGAUGUGGCCAAAACUGCAUGCCUGGAGGGCUUUUGGCCACCAAGUCACACACUAUGGCUCACGGGACCCUCAGCGUUUCAAUCUCAGCAACUGGAACACUGGCUGAAGUGGUGAUCCUGAUGAUGGGCUGCAGAAACAGAUGUACACAUGAUGACCUCCACAUUGCCACGAUGUCAUCACAAAUGGCUUCCAGAAAACUCCGUGAAGAUGCAGCGGUCCCAGUCCCUCCCCCACCUACAAACCCUGCAGCCUCGCUUUUCCUCCACACCGAAAGGGGACAAGCUGGUCUACUCGGGAGACCUCGCCUGUCUGUCGUUCGUGGACGGGGAGGAGUCGGUAGGCCUGAACCACUUCACCUUCUUCGAUGACGAAAUGAGAGAGACUAUCCAAAAUAAAGAGCAGCAGGUGAUAUACAACGUUGUACCCCGCCAUGCGGAUGAGAGUGAAACUGCAGAUGCAGGUGAUGACGCGGAUUUCGUGGACGUGGACACGACUUCGUCCUCAGAGUCAGACGUGACACAUAUUCAUGAAUAUUUGCAGGACGUUUGGUUCCGAGCUCACAAGGACGUUCAAGUCGGUAAUCUUUGUACAGCAGCGCUGGGUAUCGUUGCGAGAACGCCCGAAGUCGGACUGCAUUACGUUUGCGCUCCGGUGGUGUCGCGCAGGCAUUACCAAUACAUACCGCUAGAGGGCGUGCCCAAGGUUUACCGUCGGGACGAAGACGACCAUGAAGUGCCCGUGGUUCUGUGCGAGAAACGUGAGAAAACAGAGCCAAGUCUCCUCUGUCAGCCGACAACAAGCCUUCCUCUUGACUGCAGAGAAGUUGCCUUUUCAAGCUCCACUUUUACCAGCGAUAAGCCUUCCGAGUUCCUGUUUGUUUCUAGAGACGAAGCGCUGAGACCGCGGCUCAGAACUUUCUCCCCGGCCGCCCUGAGCGACUGCGACAAGCAAGGCGCCUAUUCCGAGAGGGGAACGUCUUUUUACGCCAACAAGUUGCUCCUGUCCUCGUUCAUCUCCGACUUGCCGAACGUCCGCGGGAGCUCGGUGAUCAACAAGCUGAAGAAGACGGCGGCAGAAGUGAACACGUUCUCCCUGGAGGCCUGUAGCCAGGAGCUGCUCCAUCCCGAGCAGUGGCUGAUCGAGACGCUGAAGCACAACUCCGACCUUCCCGCCGAGUUACUCAGGACCAACCUCGGCCAGCAGAGGAACCCUUCGGUGACGGUGUACGCCGUGGUGCUGGAGAUCCACUCCGCCCGGAAGCCGUGUGCGGACUGUGUGGACCACUUCCGGUUCCUCUGCACCGACGACUCUGCCAACAACGUGGUGAGGGAACAGUUCACGCAGGCGCUGCGGAGGUACAGGUUCGCUGUCCGUGAUGACAGAGUGCCCAUCUAUGUCCGGGUGUCCUACACACUCAACCGGUUUGGGACAGAGAUCGCCCGCCAGUACCCGUACCAGACUCGUUCCCUGGACCUGCGCGGCCUGCGGGAGGGAGCCAUCCUGGCCCACCACUUCGUCAGCGCCAAACAGCUGACACACUGUCCGUUUAGGGACUGCAGACAUGAGUUUGACAGCAGGUUUUAUGUAAAAGUGGAGCAGAUCGUCAAGUCACUCAUCCUUCCGGAGAACUACCAUGACGGAGACGAGGAGACGGUUCACCGUGAGCUGUUCACGUUCCGCGCCCCUGACCCGGUGCUGACCAUGCUGGACCACACCUGCCGGACAGAGAGGCUGACCCGGGCCGUCAGCUUCACCUCCUGUAGCGUGUGUGGCGCCUUCAGGGUCAUCAGCGGCAUGCUGUACCCGGGAUCACUCAAACUGGAGUACAUCAGAUACAACUCCUACAAGUUGGCUGAAGACGACCUGGCCACGCCUGGUGCCACACCCGUGACCACACCCGUGACCACGCCCCUGGCCACGCCCAAGUCGCUGAGCGUCGUGGACGGUCCCAUCCCCGAGCUGGAGGAAUCCUCCGCUCACAUGGAGAACUCCAGCUUCACAGACUCCAUGUUGUCUGUCAGCGAGGAGUCUCCUCUGGAAGGAUGAGACCAAACCAGGGGAGGGGUAGGAUGUGUCAGGAGAGGCGAGGAGAUUAGGGAAGACUCGCAAUUAUCUUUACAUAAUCAAAAAUUCAAAAGAAUUUUGCACCAGGCUGCUGACAAAAAUGUCAUCUGAAUUUUUAACUCGUACAUUUAACUUGAUGUAAAAAUCAAACUUCACAAGUUUAUAUUCAUGUCACUUCGAUCGUUUAGAAUUACCUUGCAUCACAGGUCAUCCUUUUUAGAAAUUUAAGAUACUGACUGAUAGCGUAGCUUUAUAGCAAUUUGUUGCUUUAUAGCAACUCUGUUGCAAAUAAAACAUAAUAUAGCUGUGUAUCCUGCAAUAGAACAAUAACUGAUAUGCUAGAUAUAGCACAACAAGGUGUUAUCAGGUUCAGGCGUCUCUAGAACAAGUUGCAUUGGCUGAAUCUGCGAAAUAAAGGAGAA